GACGUUGGGUGACAGCUGCCCAAUAGAGACCCAGCGUGCUAGCACGGGUUGCCGCUUAAGCGCCUCCGCGGUCUGAGGAAUGUCAACUAUUCAACAUGGAGGCGGAGGUCGAUAAGCUGGAACUGAUGUUCCAGAAAGCUGAUUCUGAUUUGGAUUACAUUCAAUAUAGGCUGGAAUAUGAAAUCAAGACUAAUCACCCACCAGAUUCAGCAGGAGAGAAAAAUGCAGCUGCAAUUUUAAAGGAAUUAUCAGCAAUAAAGUCUCGAUAUCAAUCUUUAUGUGCACGCUUUAAGCCAGUUUCUGUUGAGCAAAAAGUGACUAAGAGCCGCAUUCGUGCUACUUUGAACAAGACAAUGACCAUGAUACAAGAGCUACAAAAGCAAACAGACCUAGAGCUCACUCUGCUGACCGAAGAAGAGAAGGCUGUGACAGAGCUAUUAAAAUCCCACGUGCCAGACUGAUAAAGAGAUGGAAUUUUUAAAAGGAACUCUAAUGGCGAAAAGAUCAAUUCCAGAGAUUCAGCAAGAUGUCUGGGCAGGGGGUGGGGAUGGGGCUGAUAAGGAAGAU